AUGGACAACGGGGCGGAAAAUGGGAGAGCGCUCAAGAAGCGCUUCGAGAAAGCUAUCACGACAUUCACCAAGAUCGCCCAGGCUCAGACGCCCCAAGAGAACUUGACGCGCGCCCUGGUGCUGGCCGACGAUCUCGAUGAGCAUGCUCGCAACGCGACAUCGAGUCUGUCGCGGAGGUGGCAGAAUCUCUGCAGGGGACAAGUAUUGGCCGCCGACUCUGACCAGACUAGCCAGAGCCCACCUGCAGUCGAGGAUCUGGAUGAUGUCGCACGCCGAGUCAUGCAAGCAUGGCGUAAAUUCGCUCGCUCUUUGCCCAAGGAGCAGUCUGCUGAGCUUGAGAACAAGCCACCCGACUUGCGAUUCCUCCAGCAAGCUGUCCAAGACGCGAACGCAUCUUUCGAGACGAAACGCGAAGGAACCGGCAUUAAGCAAGGCUUCCAGAGAGUCUGCAAUGCUUUCGGUAACUAUCAACACCUGGCGGGCAUCCUCCCGGAUGGAGAUAUGUAUCUCUGCCUCAUUUCGGGCGGCUUCGGAGCCAUGAUCAAGGCCAGCGUCAACCAUGCGAACAUCGCAGAGUCCGUGUCGAAAGCCCUGGUCGAAAUAUCCGAGGACAUGUCGUUCUGCGGCCGACUGAUCAUUCAACAUCCCGUCAACGAGACCAUGCGAUCGUACAUCCGACAAUUGUAUGCGCUGAUCUUCGAAUGCUUCACCGAUAUAUUCACAGAGUGGCAUCGAUCUAGUUGGAGCAGAAUCCGACACUCUUUCAAUCCGGAUGCCUUAGCUAGGAUCGUGGAUCGCCCUUGUCGAGACAUGAGAGUUCGACUCGAAUGGCUGCAGCGAGAAGCACAACUCGAAAACACCAGCGAAAUGAGGCAGACAUACCAGUCUGUGAUCGAUCUGCAUCAGACUCACAUUGCUAUGGCCGGCGAAGUGUCACGGCUGACCACUUUCAACGAGAAUAUGGAGCGACACUUCUUCAGUAUGUCUCAACAGCAAAUCGCGCUCGUCCGGACCGGUAAACAAAUGCAGCAGACCCUGCGGGCGGGUUUUCUUCGCAUCGAGUCUGACCGGCUGCACAUUACCGAGCUUGAAGGCUCCUCGCGUGAGAGCUCGGGAAGCAGAGAGUUCCCUGCCAUCCCGGCCGAAGUUGAAAUGAGAUACAGUAAGGCCGAUCUCCAGCAGGCGAUCCGCGUCUACUCCGAGCCGCUCGCGACGGUGGACUACCAGAAAGCCUCGAGCUUUGUAUGGAUUGAAGGACCUGCAGAUGUCGAAGAACCGUCCGUCAACACCCUGACGAGUGUAUCGUUGGUCGGGAUCGCCCAGAAGAGUGCUAUUCCGUACGUCGCAUACUUCGCCGAACCAGUCAAGGCGCCAGAUGAGGUCGAAAGGGCCAAGCGUGCCUCGAAGACUGUCGCGGCGCUGGUCACAACUUUGAUCUGGCAGAUCGUGAAUGCUCUACCGGAGGAUAUCGAAGUCGGUGGAAAUUUCUCCCAGAAACGAUUCGCGUGCUUGGCCGGCCAUAAUAACGUUGCUGCGGUGAAGCUUCUCGGAGAGUUGCUACAGGUAUUCCCUCUGCCACUGAUUUGUGUCUUGGAUGGAUUGCAGCACUUAGAUCGUGGUAAAGAAGCAACGAGGGCGCUGCGGAAGUUGGUGGAAGUAUUGUGCACAGCUAGAUCAGCUGAUGGCGUCGUCAGGAGGGUUUGCUGCACCACCAAUGGCUUCUCGAGUGUAUUGGGUCGUCAAGAGAGACCGCUCAACCGCGUCACCUACGAUGUUGAGCGCCAUGCUGGCGACACGGGUCUGGAAGUGCUCAGCGUAGCCAUUUAG